AUGAGUAGAGCUGAAGUAUGUUCUGACUGCUCCUCCAUCUGCCAUCCUGUCUCUGAUGACAGAGGUAGCCAUUAUGAUAACAGAGACACCUGUUAUGGGUACCUUUAUAACAAAGUGUGUGUGUAUGUACCCGUGUGUGUGUUCAGAAGGUGGCAUACAAUCAGUUGUCUUCCAGUGAAACAGAAGCACAAGCCCCUGAGGCUCUUCUCUCUCCAGAGACCUGCCUCUAUGUCUGAUAUAGACGAAGGAGUGAAAGGGACAAAUUUUAGCAGUGCAGCAGGUUUUAUUUUGCUCGGUUUUUCUGACCAGUCCCAGUUGGAGACGAUCCUCCUUCUGGUUGUCUCUAUCAUAUAUGUUCUGACACUGGUGGGGAACACAGCAAUCAUACUGGUCUCUUACUUGAACCCCAAGCUCCAUAAGCCCAUGUACUUCUUUCUGUCUAAUCUCUCUUUCCCGGACCUCUGCUUCACCACCAACAUCGUUCCACAGAUGCUGUGGAAUCUCAAGGGCCCUGAGAAGACCAUCAGCUACACUGGGUGUGUGAUCCAGCUCUAUGUUGCAUUGGGGCUGGGCUCCACAGAGUGCAUCCUCCUCACUGUGAUGGCCUACGACCACUUCAAUGCCAUCUGCCGACCACUCCACUAUGGUGUUAUCAUGCACCCAAAGCUUCUCUGGCACCUUGCAGCUGUGGCCUGGAUCAGUGGUUUUGUGGAAUCCAUGGUUCAGACCCUCCUUGUUUUCCAGUUGCCUCUCUGCAGCCACCACAGAGUGGAUGAUUUUAUGUGCGAGGAGCCUGUUCUGAUUAAAAUCACCUGUGUGAACACAACCUUCCUGGAAAAUGAGCUCUCCAUAGCAAUUGUCCUCUACAUGGUUAUACCUCUAGGGCUUAUUCUGGUCUCCUAUGGCUGCAUUGCUAGGAGUGUGCUGAGGACAAAGUCCACGGAAGGCAGGAGGAAAGCAUUUGGGACCUGUGGGUCCCACCUCCUUGUUGUUGUUUUGUUCUUUGGGACUAUAAUUUUUGUCUACAUCCAACCCAAGAGCAAGUACACACAGAACCACAGUAAAUUCCUCACCCUUUUCUAUACUGUAGUGACACCCUCGCUUAAUCCUUUGAUUUACACCUUGAGAAACAAAGAGGUUAAGUGGGUUCUGAGAAGAUUGCUCAGAAGAGACCCCCAUCAGGGGGAAAUGUGA